CCACAGAAUGAUGUGGGGGGUCUGGCUUAUGUAUAAAUUAGAUGUAUACAUUUCAUUGGAAGGUCCUGAGAAAGUCUUGAAGAAGGUUCACCGGGUAUUUGUAGGCGCUAGUCAAAAAACGAGCCACCCUGAGCUGUCCGAUGUAGUGGGUGCCGGCAGCGUUGACGGAGUUUGUGUGACGAUGCUUGUGUGCGCGAGGCUGACCCGAUAUGGAGACGACGGGACAUGCGCGUUCAGCCCCCCUCGCCGCCGCGAGGUGCUUGCCCGCCCAUCGGGGACCAAGGUGCUGGCGCCGACGUGCCGGGCCAGUGUAACUGGUUCCCCCGGCGGCGGCGGGCCGGCCAGGUGUGUGUAACUCGUCCUUCAACCCCAGCCAACCUUGCCUCUUUUCGCCCGCCGCGCCGGCGCGAUGACGCAACCCUCUGUCGGGCGCCGUAAUCCCAGACUUGGCGCGCUGGGAGACUUCUCGGCUGCCGCCACCGAGUCCGAGACCGGAAGAAUUCGCGAAUUCAUUUCGCGAUAGGCUAAAAUACAAAUAGUUAUACCUCAGUGCCGCCUCUGCUAUUGGCUCACAACUCACCUGGAUGACUCUGGGCCAAUGAGAAACACCUAACCAAAGCUUUAUCGAAUCACAGGCUGCUACGAUGGGACGUCUCACAAGACAGCAGCCAAUGAGUGGGUGACAUUUGUAGAACUAUGGAGUUCAUCCUAGAGGUCAUUGAACCCGCGAAUUUUUCCGGUCCCUAUGCGUUGGUGUUUAAGAACAGUCUAGAACGCUACUUUCUGCAGGCUACACUUGAACGUCGCUGGUCAUUGGCAAGGGGCAGGCAUUUUUUCGCGAAAAAGAUCUGAACACUUAUUAGACUGCAACAAGGUAUACCCGAACCUGUGAUUUCGUAAUUGGCGGCCGUCUGCGAGAGAAGUCGUUGACUUAAUCUGACCGAGCCACUCAGGACGCUUUUGCUUCCGCACUGAAUCACUGUGAUUGGUGUUGCUACAAUCGGUAUGUACCUAAGAGAAACUCACUCUAUCAGGAAACACAGACGAUGCUACAGUGUUUUAACUUUCAUCUAGUCUCGAAAUCUUUUCGCGAAAUCUGCAUGACCCUAGUCAUUGGUAGAUACAGGGAACAUUCUAGGAUUCAUUUCGCGGUAGGCUAACAUUCAAACAAGUAUUACCUUCGCACCGCUUCUGCGACCGGCCCACAUUUUAUCUGGGGGAACUGGUAGCCAGUGGGAAAACCCUAAACCAAGAAAGUGUCAACCUAGUUGAGACGCCUCUCGAGUCAGCAGCCAAUGAACAGGUGUAAUUUUCCCGAGUAUGUAAAUUACUGUGGAGUCCAGCCUAGAGGUCAAUGAACCCACGAAUUUUUCCGGUCAUAACAACACAAACCACGUGUACAGAGUUCAGGAAAUUUUGUCGAAUACGACUGGGCCUGUCAGAAGCAGGCGAGUGUCUACAUGGGAAGUCAGCCAAGAAGAAAAAACACGGGGGUUUAGUUUACCUACACUGGACUGUGAAUUUUAGUCUGUCACCAAAUGAAUCUGAAAUUUCUGGGCCUCUGCACAUGUACGUCGUACGCAAAAUCUCUGUGUGUGUAUAUAUGUAUAAACCACUUUUCCCGCUGUAUGUUUUAAAUUAUUUCCAUUUGUUCGUGGAUAGCAGGGAUAUAAUUACACACACUCCUCGGUCUAACAUACGCCCCUGAUUUAAACUACAAUUCAAAUUAAAGCCUAAUAAUCUAAUUGUGAAUAGAUUUCGUCCAAGUCGUGAGCACAGUCAUGUGCCAAGCCUGAUAAUUAGACACCGUUAAUCUGGAGGACUGAGGGCCAAUUAGAGACCCUCACUCAUAGAAGUGUCGAAUCACAGACCACCCAGUCGAGACGACUCACAAGUCAGCAGCCAAUGAGCAGUUGGCAUUUGCCCGAGUGUGUAGAGGAUAUUGGAGUCUAUCCUGGAGGUCAUUGAACCCGCGAAUGUUUCUGGUCUCUACUGAUAAUGCAUUCACUUACGGUAUUUUUUGAACUGUGAACACAGAUGUAGUGUUCAGGAGCGUGUAAGUUGGCGUCCGUGGCGGACGGUCACGUGGUUUCUUUUUCCCCCGGUACUUUCACCGGAGGUAGCGGCGGACGUUCGUGACCUUUUCGGCCGCAAACAACGGCGCCAGGUCAGUCGGUUCUUAUUCUGCGCAGGAGCGAAGUGGCGCGGCUGGAGUAACCUAACCGCUGUCGGAAAUUACACUACAUUUACAGGACUUUUCGAAACAAGAAAUUACAUCAAAUUUCCAAAGAGUUCUUCGUUACUUCAGAUAGCUCUUAGAAACGAUGCCAGAUUCUGGCUUAAAAAUUAUAUUUUUUAGUUUAAAACAAGGUAAUGUGUAGGGACCGGUAAAAUUCGCGGGUUCAAUGACCUGUAGGAUGAACUCCGUAGUUCUACGUACCUACACUCGGUCAAAUGCCACCCACGCAUUGGCUGCUGUCUUGUGAGACAUUCCAGCGUAGCAGCCUGUGAUUCGAUAAAGCUUCGGUUGGGUGUUUCUCAUUGGCCCAGGGUCAUCCAGGUGGGUUGUGAACCAAUAGCAGAGUCCGCACUGAGGUAUAACGAUUUGUAUUUUAGCCUAUCGCGAAAUGAAUUCGCGAAUUUUUCCGGUCUCUAGCUAAUGUGUAACAUCUCAGUUCUUGGUAUAUUGCCAUUUGGUCGGAGUCAUUUCGUAAAUGCGACGGAUAUCAAGGAUCAAAAAUAUGCAACUACCACGGUACUGUCAUUAUUUAUACGUUAAAUUUCGUGUAUUUGAAACAUGAGAACACAUGUAUUUUUCUCGUUACCGAGGCCAGAUGUUACACAUUUCUGGCGAGUAAAGACACGCACACAUAAUAAGCGCUGCCUUGUUGUGACACAACCGUAAACAUAACUCGCUGGCCGUAUUCAAGAACGUGUCCGAACCGAAUCCCAGCAAGGAAACAAAUCGGCCACCGUUUCAAUAAACGGUGCCCCGCGCGAGGCUAGAGAAUGGUUUCAUUGCAUUCUAGCGGAUUUUUUUUCGCAACCCUUGAUACAAUUGUCACGGCAAAAAUACUAGAGGUAGCAGUACCAUUGGACAAAAAUAUAACGGCCUUUUAAAUAUUCCCAAGUUUAUUUUUUUAAAAGUUUCGAUUAUCUCUUGUUAUGACCAUCAAAGUGUACAAAAUGUAUUCCAGGAUAGGUUAGCUAUCAUAAAGUUUCAUUUGGCGUACCAGCACGCUGGAUAGGUGCCUCUAGCCAUGAUAGUUUCAGGUUUUCAGUGGUUAGCAAAAUUUACUUGAAACACGUUUACAUCUUCACAUUGAUAAUUGUUUUAGACAUGCCAUUAACGACACUGACAAGGAGAAUGAAUUGUUUACACGAUAAUACGAAAAGGGUUGUGUGUGUACGUAUAUGUAUAUAUGUGCAGUUUAAGUGUAGACUGAAGUGAAAUGAGUCGUGGCUGUACGGAUAACAUGGCGUUUGACUCACCCUGGGUGACUUUCAAUCAACGAGAAGAUAACAAUUAGCGUGACCUGACCAAGUGCAAUCAGAGAAGAAGGAAAAAUGACGAAUAAGCCAAUGAACACACGAAAUCAACUCAAAUUAUGCACACAAUUGGUGGAGUCAAACCUAUCACCAGAAAACAAUGCGAAUUUUGCACGUUCUCUACGGCAAUGCGGAAAAGAAAGAUUAAACUGUGAAGACAGUUGUGAUUUGCGGAAAUAUUUCUUGUCAGGAUUUCCUUAACCUCUGUAUUAUUAUAGUCUCACUGUUGCAGAAUCAAAGACGUUGAGCAGUGCAUUGAACAGCAGUCUCAUUUCUCCGUGUCAAAUUUGGGAAAGCACCUCUUUCCGACAAUAGCCAAUAAUAAAACAAAUGGUACGAAAUAAUUAAAACAGUGUGAAGAAAUCUAAGAAACCAAAGUUUCCAGGGUGAUACAGGUGUCGGUUUUUAUUGUGUAAGGAGGCCCAUAAAUUUCGCGGAUUAAGUUCGUAUGAGGCUAAAAUUCACAUUCGUAUUCGUUCUAUGUCGUACGUACUUGUUCAUUAAAUAUAACAAUAGAUAAACUGUAGGUAAUCUUUAUACGCUCUGUUCUUGAUAAGGUGAGGUAUUUUUGUUAGGUGGUGCAAGAAACUAUUAGCCUUCGACAGCUGAAUGCUUUUAUGAUAUUAAAAAAAAAGUUAUUGUAUUGAUGGUUGCGAAACGUCCGCUAGAAUGCGUUGGAACCAUUUUCUAGCCUCGCGCAGAGCACAGUUUAUCAUAACGGUUACAGAUUUGUUUCCUUGCUGGGAUUCGGAUUAAUUUUUACCUGGCAUUUCAGAAUUCUCAAAUUUGUUACGGCUUUGACAGCCAAGAAACAUGAAAUGAGUUUUUGUGAUAGAAAUGCAAACCAUAUCAUGAAGUAGCCAGUGGCAUUACAGUUAAACCUAAAAAGUUUCAGUUCUGCAAUAAAUUUAAUUCUCCUUAUUUGUACAACCCAAAAACGUUAAAAAUGUAACUUAGGCAGCUAAUUAUGCAUAAAGUAUGCGCGAUAUAUAUUUUUAAUUUCGUGAAAGUUAAACAAUUGAAAAAAGUCUAAAAGUUGAUCAGUGAUUGAUAUAAAUAUAUUAUCUUUGAAAGAUUUGUACAAUAGAAGUGCAUGACUUGAUGUAAGUUUUUGGACAUACGCCAUUGCUAAGACCUUUUUCUGUUGAAGAAAAACUAAAAAAUAAAGAAAUAAAUAAAAAUCAUGACCUGAAAUGGGAAGCACCCCCUUAACGGUUGUGUCCCAACAAGACAGAGCUUAUUCGCUACCUCACCCGAACGUCUUGGGAUACCGCCCAAAGGGUGUUGGAAAUCACCAAGCUUUAAUCGUCUCCAGCCUUUUUGGAUUUAAUUUUGUUUUCUGAACGACACACCCAAUUUCAUAGUCGCACAUUCAAUGAGACUGUACACUUAAAUUCUGUGGAAAUUAUCACUGAAAGAAUUUUAGAUUUCUAACAUACGUAUCGAUACGUUCCCCAGCGAAUACUACAUCUAUUUCGUCUUUCGCUCAUUAUAUUGUCGCGGGUUGAAAUUUUGCAGGGUUGUUGAAAUCAAAUUUAGGGACUUUACUGACGGGACUCUGGGCUGGCUGCUCUGUUCACUCGUCAGCGCAAGUGGCGUGACCAUGUAAUUGGGGCACGGGGCCGGCGCGGCGCGCUGCGGGCUUGCAGAAUUUUGUUUGUUUGUUUGGCCGCGCGCUGGCGCAGCCACGGGCCGCAGUUACUGGGGCGCGCUUUCGUAACAAGCCGCGCGGUGUGGCCUGCACAUUGGGGUAGAGGGGGGGUAGUCUUCCCAGAUGUUCUAGUUAGUUGUUUAGUAAAUUUGACUUCAAUAACGAGCUUUUGUUAUGGUAGGCGCGGCAGGGCGCGCGAAUUUAAGCGCAAGUGAGUGGUGACUCGGGGCUCACUCAGGCGGAGGCUAUGCGUCUCACCUGUGGUCACGAGUUGUUAGUUCGUUCGUGAUGUAGGAAUUCAGGCUCACUCAGGCGGAAGCUAUGGUCGACGCCAGAGGCCACGAGUCGUUUAAUUUAAGUUAGGUCAUAAUGUAGUCGUCAAGCUUUCGGGCGGAGGCUAUGGCCCUCGUCAGGGGUCACGCGUCAUAGUUUUUAAAAUGUAAUGUUCGUUCGGGAUUUCAAGGGCAGGAGAGGCCCCUACGUUAUUUUUUUAAAGUAAUCGAUCAAGAAAGGCUUUUCGGAAAAUGUGAGUAUGGACUUAUCUUUGUUUUAAUUUUAAGUAUUAAUUAUGAUUUGAGGUAUUCGGAAGGACUAGGGAAGUGUUUAGUGAAGUUCUCUCAUUCUCUCUCUUGUAAGGUCGUUCAAUCGUUAAGGAAGUAAAGAGAUUAUUGUUUUAAAUUGUAAUCCUGCUAUUUAAAUGUUCUUUAAAAUGAUGUUGAGUAUUUGACUUUAAGAAUAAAAUAAUUUUAAUUAAGUAUUAUGUUAUUUUGCAAAAUCUCCUUAGUUCAGCUCUCACCAGACAUCCUGUACGGGAUGACGAACCUAUGAUCCUAGGUACAGUAAAGUAUUUUAUGAAGUUAAGACUAGUUGAUGCCAAGCGAGUUGUUUCUAUGUAAAGAGCUACGAUUCUCUCCCCCCUCCGAAAGUGGAUCGUGACAGAAAUGGUAGAGUUCGCCGGAUAGGUUCUAUUUCUGGAGAGAGAGAGAGGUAGAUUUUUAUGUUUAUUAUUAAGUUAGUUUCAGCUUCUGAUAGCAGGUUAUUAAGAGUUUACUUGAGGAGAGGAUUACGGAAUUUUAGUCUAUAGUGGAGGAAGUCUUUGAGAUUUUUUUUUUGACGUAACAGAUGUUUAUUUGAGGAUACUUGUAAGGAUAAAGUUUAUAGUGAUAAGUUGUUUUAAGUCGUUGAAUUUAUUGUAGAUUUAUAUCGGGGAUUAUUACGUGAGGAGAAUACGUUAUAAGUUAAAUGCUUAUUAGAGAUAAUGCAAGUGGUUUAAUUUAAUUGAAGUUCAUUUUAAGAUUGUAGGUUAAGAGAAUUAUAAUUUAAAAUAAAGUUUUUUGUCGUAAAUAGGAAUUAUUUUCAAGUGAAGUUUGUUUUGUUUUCGUGCGCGUAGGAGACGAGACGUACGAAUUAAAUCAGUCGAGGGAAGGAUAAACGUUAGAAAGGAAUUAAAGAGAAAACGAGAGUUUAUGUAAAAGAGAGUUAUAGAAUUUAUAGUGAUGUUUUGUUUUAAUUAGAAAAAUGUUGAGAGUUGUUUCAGAACGACACGUCAGUGGACGUGGCAGAAUGAACACGUGACGGGGAGGUGCUGAGACCUAGCGGAGAACGGAGGAACCGCAAGCGAGGGUUGGCGCACCUGAUGGAAUUCGGUGACGUCACGGGCUCAUACGGAGACGUGGACAGGCCGUGACCUUGUUUUGAUCAGCUGUACGGUAACUUAGCGAUAAGAAAAUAGACUAUUGGUUAAAUAAAUUUAAAUUUAAGUGUGUUUUAGAAGAAGAGUAACUUUCAGUAUAUUCCUUAAGAUGAGCUGAGCAGCAGUCCAGUUUACAAGAUGACAAGAGUUCGAGAGACAAGAUACAAGAUCACUGAAACAAGAGCCAAGACUGAAGAUUCAAGAGAAGAGAAAGCUGGCAGCCAUGGACUUACAAGUGGAGAUUAAUAAGGUCAUGUAAAGUUUUAUUUUUUUUUAUGGAAGACAGUAACUGGAGUUUUUUUUUUGUUAUAAACAUUAUUUACAGAACUUUUUAGGUUAUAGUAAUGUAAUGGAACUAGUGAGUUGUGGUAGCUGUCAAAAAGAACUAAUACCUUAAGUUUAAUUUUUAAAGUUAAUUUUCUUAAUUUACAGAGGGAUUAGUAGUUUUUUUUAAACCUUAUUUAGGUUGGAAUUUAAAGAUAAUAGUUUAUUAUAAAUGUGUACGAACAGUUCAAGUUCACAGUACUGAUAGGUAGGUCAGAUGAUCUUAUUGAUUUUGAUGAUUUGUUGUUUUGAGUUGAUUUUUAAGUGUUGUGAAUUAGACAAUGAAAUAGUUCUGAAAACUUAAAUUAUUUCAAGCUAAGAAAUAGUAAAGUUAAUUGUAACUCAAAGGACACCAGAAUUUAAUUUUUUUUUGAAUUAGUAAUGUUUGAAAAUUUUAUACUUUACAAGAAAGGUUAUAAACAAACAGAUCGGAUGGAACAAGGAUGCAGUAAAUCACAAUUUCAUUUAGAAUUAUUGAUUUGCUUUUGAGGUUAUGAAGGAAAAGUAGCUAUAAUUUAAAAAUUUGAAUAAAAAUGGUUUUUUUUUAUUUGUUUGAAAUAGAAAGUUUAAAAGUUAAUUAGUCAUGAUCUAGGUGGGUGAUGGGGUGGGAAUUGGCCACUCUUUUUCCCUAUAACCUCCCUAACAUGGCCUUCUAUUACAACUAACAGAAAUAAAGAAGAAGAAAAAUGAAGAAUUAUUAGUUAGAAUGUUUCUUUCAUGAAGAUACCUGAUGAACUUUUACUGUUUGGAAGAAUAGAAGCAAGGUUAGUCAGAUAUUUUUACUCAGAAGAAGAAGAAGAUAAAGCAGUUUUAUGACUCGACAAGCCAGAGAUUGGUGUUUCCCCUCUGCGCUCCUAUUGACUACGUUGUUUACUCUCAUGGGAUAGCUGGUUCGGCACCAUGGAGAGAGAUUGGUGGGCAUUGUGGUUGCCCCCAGAAGAAAAGAAGAGUAGAAGAGGUUAUGGGUGGGUCAUGUGAACUGACCUUCAACCCAGUUACUUCGUGGGGACUAUUUGCUGUAUAGAGAAGAUCAAGACUCAAGAGGUAGGGAAAAUCAUUGGAGGUCAUGUUUCCCUUCCUUAAGUUUUUCCUAUCAAAUUAUUUGCCUGAUUAGAUUAUGCUAAGGGUGGGAUACUUUAUGUUAGCAGUUGAAUUAAUUAAUUUUAUUUUUUUGUGUGUUUGCAUCCUUGCCCAUCGAUUGCAGUUUAGUAGUUAGUUUUGUAUUUGUCAGGCGUGAUGGUAAUGCCUGUUGAUGAUGUUUCAGAAUUGUAAUCUGUUCGUGAUGAGGAUGGCACAACUCCGAAGCAGAUGUGGGGAGAAGUUGUGAGCUGCCCUGGAAGCCAGUCCAGUAGCUGUUGGAGUUGAGUGGUGUUUGCUGAUGGCCAGCCCAGGGAGCUACUCUUCUCGACAACACUGACUUCGAGGAGUUGCACCAACCUUCACGAGAUAAGAGUUUAAUUAAUUGAAACACUGUAAGGACACUUAAUUUUUUUUGAAGAACGAAAGAAGUAUGGUAAUAAACGGAAACCGAAAAAAAAAAAAAUAAUAAUAAUUAUCAAGAAUUUGCACAUUGUUUAACGAAUACUGAGAAACUAAGAACAGUAAUUUAAUUUGUAAAGAGAGCUUCACUAACAGAACAAUUUUUUUUGAAUUGAGAACUCGAGCCUCUGAAGGUUCCUGUGAGAACAAACCAGAUAAAAGUUUUACAUUUAAUUUUAUGAAUACUUGUUGUUUUAAAAUAAAUCUUAUGCAGAAUCUAGAUGUAUGUUCAGACAGCAAGGAACUAAGAAAAUUAUUAUUUUUGUGAAAUGAGGAAUUUAUAGUUAUGGUUUAAUGGAAAAAGACAAUUUGUAAUUUUGAGGUAGCUCGAUGGGGCUCGAGCUCUGUGAGGGGAGGGUUAUGUCGCGGGUUGAAAUUUUGCAGGGUUGUUGAAAUCAAAUUUAGGGACUUUACUGACGGGACUCUGGGCUGGCUGCUCUGUUCACUCGUCAGCGCAAGUGGCGUGACCAUGUAAUUGGGGCACGGGGCCGGCGCGGCGCGCUGCGGGCUUGCAGAAUUUUGUUUGUUUGUUUGGCCGCGCGCUGGCGCAGCCACGGGCCGCAGUUACUGGGGCGCGCUUUCGUAACAAGCCGCGCGGUGUGGCCUGCACAUUGGGGUAGAGGGGGGGUAGUCUUCCCAGAUGUUCUAGUUAGUUGUUUAGUAAAUUUGACUUCAAUAACGAGCUUUUGUUAUGGUAGGCGCGGCAGGGCGCGCGAAUUUAAGCGCAAGUGAGUGGUGACUCGGGGCUCACUCAGGCGGAGGCUAUGCGUCUCACCUGUGGUCACGAGUUGUUAGUUCGUUCGUGAUGUAGGAAUUCAGGCUCACUCAGGCGGAAGCUAUGGUCGACGCCAGAGGCCACGAGUCGUUUAAUUUAAGUUAGGUCAUAAUGUAGUCGUCAAGCUUUCGGGCGGAGGCUAUGGCCCUCGUCAGGGGUCACGCGUCAUAGUUUUUAAAAUGUAAUGUUCGUUCGGGAUUUCAAGGGCAGGAGAGGCCCCUACGUUAUUUUUUUAAAGUAAUCGAUCAAGAAAGGCUUUUCGGAAAAUGUGAGUAUGGACUUAUCUUUGUUUUAAUUUUAAGUAUUAAUUAUGAUUUGAGGUAUUCGGAAGGACUAGGGAAGUGUUUAGUGAAGUUCUCUCAUUCUCUCUCUUGUAAGGUCGUUCAAUCGUUAAGGAAGUAAAGAGAUUAUUGUUUUAAAUUGUAAUCCUGCUAUUUAAAUGUUCUUUAAAAUGAUGUUGAGUAUUUGACUUUAAGAAUAAAAUAAUUUUAAUUAAGUAUUAUGUUAUUUUGCAAAAUCUCCUUAGUUCAGCUCUCACCAGACAUCCUGUACGGGAUGACGAACCUAUGAUCCUAGGUACAGUAAAGUAUUUUAUGAAGUUAAGACUAGUUGAUGCCAAGCGAGUUGUUUCUAUGUAAAGAGCUACGAUUCUCUCCCCCCUCCGAAAGUGGAUCGUGACAAUAUUGUAACAAAUGAUCCUGUGAUGUAAAAUAGUUGUAAAUACAUUUUAUUUAAAAGUCCAGAUUUGUUAUUUUUUUUUCUUCGUUACUAUAUUAUUUGAGAGUUUUUCCUGUAAAUUUACUACGGCAAAUCUCCUGCAUACUCUUUCGUCUCAAAUUUUUCUCAGCAUAUAUAUUAUUAGAGGCCGGAAAAAUUCGCUGGUUCAAUGACCUCCUGGAUAGACUCCAAUAUCCUCAACACACUCGUUCAAAUGCCAACUGUUCAUUGGCUGCUGACUUGUGAGUCGUCUCGACUGGGUGGCAUGUGAUUCGACACUUCUAUGAGUGAGGGUCUCUAAUUGGCCCUCAGUCCUCCAGAUUAACAGUGAACCAAUGGCAGAAAUAGCACUAAGGUAUAAUUAUUUGAAUUUUAGCAUAGUACGUAAUGAACCCGCGAAUUUUUCAGGUCUCUAUAUAUUAUCUUAUAGCGCUGAAAACGUCACGUGGUCCUCAUGAUCACUUGCACGAGCCGUUUAAAGGAGGAUUAGGCCUCGACAUCUUGCAGUUCCAAAUUUUUUGACACUCCUUGCCUUAAGGCUUUUCCGUGCUAAACGUUUUGGUUUGACAUGGCGUAGGAAAUAGCUUUGGCUACUUGUUGAAGUCAACACCCGUGAACUGAUGCUAUUAUCAUGGCAGUUGUGGUCGCCCGCGUGAAAUAAGUAGAGACAGGAAAAAUUCGCGAAUUCAUUUCGCGAUGCGAUGGGCUAAAAUACAAAUAGUUAUACCUCAGUGCUGCCUCUGCUAUUGGCUCACAACUCACCUGGAUGACUCUGGGCCAAUGAGAAACGCCCGACCAAAGCUUUAUCGAAUCACAGGCUGCUACGUUGGGACGUCUCACAAGACAGCAGCCAGAAGGUUUGGGAGAUAUGAUUUAUGCCUUGACAUGCCGAGAAAAAUUGGGAUAAGUAGUUCGAAAUUAGAACUAUAGAAAAAUCAUGGAAAAUUCAAAAAGGCGGAGGUUACGCCUCCUUAAAGCUCGGGAAUUGACGUUCAGUAAAAUAUCUCGUGGAGGGAAUCGUGACCCCAAGUCCGAUGUCUUACCGAGCACUGCACCGCGGAUGACGUCAGCGGGCGCAGAGAUUACAGAAAUACCCCGUGACGUUGCGUAACGUUCACGCGCAUUCCUGUGGUCCCCCGCUUUCCGCGCCUGUCCGCGCUCCGCUGCAGGCGCUAGCGUCGUGAAGCACGGCUGCCAACACUGCAGAUUAUUCCGAACUGUAGCCCGUCUCAUCCUUACAUUCCAGUGUGGGAUUGACUGUCUCUUUUCAGUGCAUGAUAUCUGCUAUUAAAUCUUGCCUUGUUAUGACGCGCUCUGUUGCCACAUCUACACCAGAGAGCACAAACUAUUCAAACUCAACUUUGUAACGCAAGGAAAUAUUUGUUAAAAAUGUAUCUGCAAUAUUGUAUUUUGUAAAGGAAAAUUUGGAACGAGAAUUUUGGAAAUACAUUUUUCUUGAUACAACAAAAUAAAGUCAUUGUUUAAUAUUAUCAAAAUUUAUAUUUAUACGCCAAUUUUCGUAAGCGCGACAAAAAUAAUCAGGAUGGUUUCCAAAAACAUGUGUUGUAAAAAUUUACAGUAGUUUUCUUAUAGUAUUACAAAUAAUUUUUGACAAAUUGGUUUCCAAAUGUUUUCUGUGCAGCGAGUGCGAACACUAUUGUGCUAUGACUGAAGAAGAUGCCGCAUCAGAUAGCUACAUAUCUAAAAUGGGAGUGUGACUCCGUGGAAGAGCCUCGUGUUACGCCACCCGGGCUGAUGUAAUCGCGCCGUGUUGAGCUCCUUGUCACGUCAGGUACACUCAUCGGCGCUGUUAGCGGCACUUCACGGCUCUGCGACGGUCGUGCCGAUCACGGUGCGUGCCGCAGAUAACUCAUUGGCUGAGGGGGGGGGGGGGGCGGGGGGAGCCACGUUGCCAACGGAACUAUGACCAACUAAAGAUUGUUCCCGCAGUGCAGCACAAUGUGACGUCUCCCGCGGGCAAUUUGUCGUUUUGACGAAGCUACAUACAAGAAAACUCAAAUCUUCGCCUUAAAAAAAAAGGCUAGUCUCUAACGAAGUAUUGUGUUUCGAAAGAUCGCGACUGCCAUCACAAGAUGUGCUGCAGUAUAGCACCUUGUAAACGAAAGCUGCGGCAGACAAGACAAAACGCAUCCCAAGAUGCCCCGUAGUAUAGCACAGUGUAUAGAAAACUACGGCAUGAAGGGCAGGCGGAACACCUGCCAUCACAAGAAGUCCCGCAGUGUAGCACAGUGUAUAGAAAACUACGGCAUGAAGGGCAGGCAGAACACCUGCCAUCACAAGGUGUCCUGCAGUGUAGCACAGUGUAUAGAAAACUACGGCAUGAAGGGCAGGCAAAACACCUGCCACCACAAGGUGACCCGCAGUGUAGCACAGUGUAUAGAAAACUACGGCAUGAAGGGCAGGCAGAACACCUGCCAUCACAAGGUGUCCCUCAGUGUACCACAGUGUAUAGAAAAUUACGGCAUGAAGGGCAGGCAGAACACCUGCCAUCACAAGGUGUCCCGCAGUGUAGCACAGUGUAUAGAAAACUACGGCAUGAAGGGCAGGCAAAACACCUGCCACCACAAGGUGACCCGCAGUGUAGCACAGUGUAUAGAAAACUACGGCAUGAAGGGCAGGCAGAACACCUGCCAUCACAAGGUGUCCCUCAGUGUACCACAGUGUAUAGAAAAUUACGGCAUGAAGGGCAGGCAGAACACCUGCCAUCACAAGGUGUCCCGCAGUGUAGCACAGUGUAUAGAAAAUUACGGCAUGAAGGGCAGGCAGAACACCUGCCGUCACAAGGUGUCCCGCAGUGUAGCACAGUGUAUAGAAAAUUACGGCAUGAAGGGCAGGCAGAACACCUGCCGUCACAAGGUGUCCCGCAGUGUAGCACAGUGUAUAGAAAAUUACGGCAUGAAGGGCAGGCAGAACACUUGCCAUCACAAGGUGUCCCGCAGUGUAGCACAGUGUAUAGAAAAUUACGGCAUGAAGGGCAGGCAGAACACCUGCCAUCACAAGGUGUCCCGCAGUGUAGCACAGUGUAUAGAAAAUUACGGCAUGAAGGGCAGGCAGAACACCUGCCAUCACAAGGUGUCCCGCAGUGUAGCACAGUGUAUAGAAAAUUACGGCAUGAAGGGCAGGCAGAACACCUGCCAUCACAAGGUGUCCCGCAGUGUAGCACAGUGUAUAGAAAACUACGGCAUGAAGGGCAGGCGGAACACCUGCCGUCACAAGGUGUCCCGCAGUGUAGCACCUUAUCUUGGACAGCUGCGUUAUGCGGGCGGACAGCAGGACCUGCCGACCCAAGGUGUCCCACAGUGUACCAUCACGCACGACUCCCCCAGGCAGUUCGCUGCUGGUAGCUAGCUGCAGCGUGACGCGAGGGCUGACAAGAGGGGAGGGUGCCAACCCCUCGCUGUCCCUGUGUCUACCCCAACACGAUCGAUACGGACUGCGCUUCCUAACACACUUCGCUCGUGUACUUGGAUGCUGGCAGUGAGAGUGGCUUGGGGCACUGAGUGGAAACCCAGUGACGUGGCGCCCAGCGUCUAGACACUGCAGCCGCAGAAGAGGCUGCGAAGAUAUACUAUAGUCUGUCCCACUCUUAGAUUGCAGUAUGGAGCAAAGGGCACCCACUGUUACCAGUUUGAUACUACCCGGGCCUGUUAACAUUAACAUUAUUACUUCCAAUACAGAAAUUCCUUAAAAUAAUGUCCCAGUUUCAAAGGUAUAAGUUUAAUUUAGACUUAUUUACAACAAAAAUAAUACAUAAAACUGAAGCUUAACUAACCUAGUUUUUCUUACAAAUGUUUAAUAUGUGCACCUUUAGUUAUAUGGCACACAUCCAACCUAAAGUUUAAUUCUUCCCACACUUUGGUUAGGAAGUCCGGAGUAAUGGACUUUUGUAUUGUGUCUAAACUCUGGAAAAUCAUUGGGUAGCGGCGGAACCUAGACACAAUCUUUUAUAAAGCCCCAAAAGGAAAAAAAAAAAUCGCAUGGCUUUAUGUCAGGUGAACCUGGAGGCCAGCGAAAAAAGAGUUCUGUCGUCUCGAACAUUGGCGGGUGUUUUGGCUUCACGGGGGAUCACAAUAGAACCACAAAACAAAACUCACGUUGAACUGAAAUUACAGAUUCAUUCUUAGCACAUUGCAGAACACAAAAUGCUUUACGUUCAGGAGUCGCAAUUUUGAGUAGGUGGGCGCUGCAAGCGAGAGAACAACCGCAUGCUGUUCUGAGUUACUCUUUAAUUGUGAUCUUGAACCAAAACUCUACAACGCUUGCAGUAGAUAGUUUCAAAAUUUAUAACUUGGACACUCUAUGUAUAUACUGUACUAUCGAUAUAAAUGAUAUGUUUUAAUAUAAUUUAAAUUUUUCAAAUUUGUUGAAUUUUUAAGACUGAAAAUAGUGCCUUUUGAUAGAAAAAGAAUCUAACCGUUAAAGUUGUUUGUAAACCUUUCCCUUAAUAGCUUUCCAGUAUUAACUGGUUACAUUAAUAACCACGAUAAAACAAAAAUAAGUCCAAUUAUUGAUUACGUAUUCUAUUAGGUAUAUUUUCCAUGAAGUUGCCCGGCUUUUGGAUUACAGCCGCGUCGAAGGCGAUGGUAUUAUUGACGUUUCGGUCGACUUUGCAGUUUCCAUCAUCAGGGAGCAGUUACCUGUUGUUGGCGACUGCAACGCCAAUGCGGCUACAACCCAGAAGGCAAAGCAACUCCAGACAAUGGUCGCAAAGCUAUUAUCAUAUUUUCUAUGUUUAUAUAAAUGUAUAUGUGUAUAUAUAUAUAUAGAUAUAUAUAUAUAUUAGAAUUAAAUAUGGAUUUAAAAAAUAAUAUGCACCAAUUUUAUAAAAAUGCGCCAAUUUUAUAAAAAAAACCACUUAGUAGGCCUAUCAUCUCGAAAAAACUUCAUAGCCAUGUUUUGUACAAAUUUACAAUAUCUUUCUUGUAGUAUUACAAACUAUUUCUUAGCAACGUGUUUGCGAAAUAAUCUUCGUAAUGGUAGAGAACAUUUUUUUCUGUGAAGAAAAAUUUUUAACAGAUGAUGCUUUUAUACAUAGUUUUGGCUAUCUGAUGUACAUCAAGAUUUUUUUAAACGUGAAGUUUUUAAAUAAUACUUAUGAAUGGCAGAUCAUUUCAAUAUGUGCUACUGUUUAUGAUUGUGUUUUAAUACGUGUUCAAAGAGAAGGCUUAAUAAUUUUUCACAUUUAAUGGCCACAAAUUGAACCUUUAUAUUCUUUAUUUUAAGCUGGUUUAUGAGUUUCAUUAAAGGGCGGUCAUUGGCCUCUCCCUGACCACGCCCUUGCAGCUGGACGUCCCUGGUUAUUGGAUUACAGGUUAUUUGUUUUGACACGCCCCGAAUGAAUAGCAGCCAAUCACGAACACCCAGGUAAACAUCUGACUGUAAUCACGUGCGACCCGUGGAGAACGUGAAAAGGUGGCAGUAGACAAUGAACACGUUUCAUCGACUUGGUUUUGGCACACGUUUGUGAACCCCGUAGUCAUCAGUGCACAGACCGGUUUGAUGGGUUUCUCGCCGUCUGUUUUUCCACAGGUCUGGGAUACAUAGAAAUAUCAGGGACUUUGAAAGUUUUAAUUGAACAAUCUGGGGAUAUCAGACAUUUUUUUUGAAAGGUCAAGGAAAACUAUCACUUAGGUUGUCCAUAUCAAUCUGGAUUAUAACAUUAGCUAAUAUAUUUUUUUUAACUCUAAGGGUUUAGUUUUAAUUGGCUACGCAUAUUAGAAUUGUCAGUGACUGAAAUAAGCCUAAAAAUCCUAUCUGCUAAGUAUGAAUAAUCUUUACUCAGUUUUUACAUUUUUUUGGCUUAAAAACUAUUGAAUUGAAUAGAUACUGAUGUGCACUUUUGGUUGGAAUAUGGUUAGCUUUGAAAAAUUAAUUGCAAUUUUUGAGGGAAACUUGGCAGAGUCAGGGAAUUUUGAUCCUGACCAAUAUACACCAUAUUAUUGUCUUUGAAAAUCGGGCCCCGUACGUCCCGAGAGUAUUGCGCGACACUAGGGUGCUUGUAGGUUGUAUACUGCCCGUAUUUUGGCCUAUAUGUAUGCAAUAAGCAGACAACUUUAUAAUACACAGAAAGUUUUCUAUAAAACACAGUUUUAACGUAUACAUUUAUCAACUCUUGUUUCAGUCAUGAUUUUGCAAAUGCAAGUGGACCCCCUUAGUGAGGGGAUUCUUGAUUCCAGGGGCCCUGCCCCCUCAGGAGCGGCUUAUUAUAACUCCAGGGGGGGGGGGGGGGCCGGUUUGAAACCAAUAUUAUGCCUUUCUGUUCCUGUCUCUCCUCCUUAAACAUGCGGCCAUAGAUCCUUCCAAAUAUUCUGCUUGGACGGCAUUGGGAUGCGCGCGAAUAACAUUAAGAACAGGUUGGUCCUUGUCUGUACAAAUUGGGUUUAUAAAUUUUGGUUUUUACUAUAACUUUAAUUGAUCGUCUUUGUUUUUUCUUCAGCUAAACGAAAUCAAUAAAAGUAAUCUAAGUCGCUUUCCCGCCUCUUCCCUGGUUAACGUAUUGUUGCCGGAAAAUAAUUAAAAAUGAUAAUGAAGUUUUUGCUUUUAUGUUUUUGUUUCAAAUGAUUGAAAUACGGGACAUAUUAAAUUUGCCAGUUCUCCGUGUUCUUUAUAUAAAAAGUCUUCCUUUAUUUCUGUUGGUAAGAUAAAAAACUAAAUUCUAUAUCCACCUAUCGGACACAUCACUUUUUAAAAAGCAUUCUGUAUUAGAUAUAUAAGCAUAGAAGCCUGCGACAUGACAAAGAGGAGAGGGUAUGGUAGUAUAUGAAUUAUUCUAUUAAAUACCUACCCAUUUUCAUGCUGUGGAAAGUGACAUUUCAUAUCUUAAUCAGGGUUCCUAUGCCUUCUUAAUAUUCUUAAUAUCCUAAGAAAGUCCUCAAGGUCUUUAAAGUCCUUAAAUUUGACUAAUAAGCAUUAAAAACUCAAAUAAAGAUUGAUCGUGUAAAUAAGGGAUAAACACAAGUAUUUAAUGUUAUUUUGUUUCCGACUUGUACAACAAAAACCGCUGGCGAAUUUCAGGCCACAUUAUUAGAUUUCAUUCACACACACACACGCACACACAUAUAUAUAUAAAUUUUUAAUACGUUUUCAACAUGUUAUAAAUUAGAUGUAAAUAGUGAUAAACUCAAUUUUUAGGGCAAUAAUUUUCAGAUAGACACUAUGCUUGGGUAAGAUACGUGUGCCAGAGAUAAUUCAGGACAAUAGGGGCUUAUCUGUAAGAUUUGAACCAACCAAAUAAUUUAUUUGUGCAUACAAUAUUUAAAAUGUUAUAUUCUUGAGAUAUUUUGUGAUAUUACAAAUAGAUUCCUGCCUAUGA